CUUAAACACUCAGUUAUUUUAAGCUAUAAGCCCUGGCAAUUUCUCGACGACACAAGAUGUCUGUCGACUGUAGCAAGCUAAUAUAACAGGGGGUGUGUUUUAAGGGAAUAUACAAUGCCAUUUGUGCCUUCUUGAUACUUAAUCUGCCCGUCCAUGUAACCUAUUUUUAGCUGCAACACAGUCAGAAACAACGUUAGCAUCUGCAGCAGAAAGCCUUGUCCCCGAUACUCUUGUACAUUGGGUGCUUUUCUGUGGAUCAGUGGGAAAUGUCAGACUCCUGUCUAAGCUGUGAGUUCAGGACGUGGAGGCAAGAAUGAGAGACGAGGGCUUCAGCCGAUAAAAACGGAGACAAAGGAGGAUGAUUUCACGAUACAACAGAAGACCUGUAUCACACAAACUAGAGAUACGUGGGUUGUCUCGAAGCAGCCUGGACCACCACCCUCUCCCAGAGGAAGCAGACGAUAACCACACGCCUCAUCGCUACCUCCAUGACCUGCAGGAAGCUGUCUCCAUUCACAACAGCUCAGAGACGUCUGCUGCCUCAGGCCACUCGGACUGUCUCACCGUCAUCUCAGUAGACUCCAACCAGUCCUGGUCAGGUAUUCACAGCUCAACAGGCACUGGCAUCUCCACAGAGAGGAGCUCUGUUUUCUCCUGGGGCUACGAUGAGUUCGACAAGGCAGCAUCACGGCAGGUGCAGCAAAUGUUUGAGGAGAUCGACAAAGAGCUAUACGAGGGGAAAGGCAGCGGGGGAGGGAUACUCCAGGGACUGCAGGAUGAAUGUCAGCAGUGGGCCACGCGUUUCCCACAUCUUCGGAUCCUGGGGAGUCAGCUGGUCUGUCCCAGUGAUGAGGGCUUCCAGUGGUAUGCCACCUCAGGGAAGGGCAGCUCGAGCAGCAGCCCAUCAGCAGGCAAAGAGAGCAGUGUGAAGUCCCUGGAGAAAGACCAGGGCUGCACAGAAUUGAACGUGCUGGGCAGGAGAGCGGCGCUGAUCAAGUCCUCCUCACCAGAGGAUGGGCAUCUUGGUACCUCCAGUAGCUCCAGCAAGCAUGACAAGCCAAGAAUGAUUGAAGUAGAAGGUCUGAUGGAGGAAUACCUGGCUUUUGAUAGCAGGGACCUGGAGGAUGAGUGGGAGCAGGAUUGUUCAGAGUCGGGUCGGAGGCAUCACUGCAUGCCCCCUGUCUCGCCAUACCGGUGUCGCCGCCAAGCUGUCCUCGACCUGUUGUUUGAUGACGUGUGGCAGGAGCUGGUUGGCUGGAUGAAAGAGCUAGUCCAACGCCAAUGGGAAUGCUGCACCUCAAAUGACGAGAAGAUUUCUGGGAACUUUAGUCCUGUGCAGCAAGACUCCCAGAAUCCCUUCAUGCUGUUCUCCACACUGCCCACCAUGCUGCCCAAACUUGGCCAGAGCAGGGUGCCCCCGCUCACAGCUGGCCUGCAGUUCCAGGCUGGACGGGUCCCAGUAGGAGCCGCAUUGACCCAGCACAACCUGAAUGACCUCAUCGUGAUCCACAGCAUCCCCCUACAGCAGAGAAAUCUGGGUGUUCUGGACAGGACCCAGGAGCCAGAAGAGCGGGCAUCCCAUAGACCAGGCUCCAGCGUGGUCCCCUCCAGCAAGCCUCGCCCUCGCCGAACCCUGGAGCAGAGCUCUUCUUCACUAUCCCGUCCGGCCCAGUCAGCUCGACGCAGAAACCCUCCUCCCCGAACCCUCCUGCCACUGGUUCCCGGCCUUAGUCAGUCCAGCGCAGCGGAAUCCAUGGAUGAGGUCAUCCGCGGGACACGUCUACCCACGGCCAGCGACCGCCUGACCUCUCCAUUGUUGCCUCUGAGCAGGAACACACUCCUUCCCCCCAUCAGCACUGGAGACCCGGAGUCAUCCCAAUCAGGGCAGCAGUCAAAACCUGCACAGCGUCAGAAAGGCCCGUCCAGCCGUGCCCACAGCGCUAUAAAUGAUGAAGCUGGCAGUUCAAUACCAAGGGAUCGUCACUACCUGCUAGAUGUCUUCUCCCGGCCCAACACCACUCACACAUACAGGUCAGACACCCCUUACCGCCGCUCCUUCACAGUAUUGGACAACAUCGGGCAGGGGAGGGCAGGCAGAGCCUCUGUGGGCACAGACUCUCUUGGAAUUGGUGUGACUGGCAUUAGUCUUGGCAUCAGCAGUUCAUCUUUCUUGGACUCGUUUUCCCACCAUCCCCUGGGCCACUCGCCCAUCAAAGAUGAAGAGGAGCCAGACUCGCAAGCCCCCGCCCCAGUAGCUCCACUGGUGCCUGUUUCGGUCCCAGCUCGGUCUUACACCCGGGGAGGCAUCUCAUCCAGAGCUAGCAGACCUGGCUUGUAGUUUGCCCCUGCGAUCGCUGCACCCUUCAGCCAUUCAUCUUAAUACAGCACAAUGAAAUGCAACACUCUGCAGCAUCUGUGCCCACUUAACAAUUCUUGUUUUGUCAGAGGUAGCAGAAUUGUUUCAUAUUAUGCUGCUUUGCUGAAUUUAUGUACAAAGUUUUUGUUAAAGGCCUAUUUUUGUAUCUCAGAAAUCAGCUUAUUGUGGCUGCCAAACACAAAUAACUGUUGACAGGAACUAUCCAUCUCCAUGUACAGUAAGAGGUGUAUGUGUAGAUAUUUGUACUUGGUAUGUAUGAAUGUGUAUAUAUCUAUUUAUAUGUGAAUGUACUGUAUAUUCUCCUCUGCAGUGUGUUGUACUGGUAAAUGACUAUGCAGGGAACACAUCCACCCAGACAGGGACAGAGAGGAUAAAAAGCACUUUUUCUCCUCUGAUAAAACAUCAGAGUUUGGUACUGUAUCUUUUAUAAGGACACAACUUUCAAUGGGCCUGUGAAAACAAACAACUAAAUGGACCCAGAGCUUUUCAUUGCUUAUCGUUGCACAAACAAAAAAGAAUGAGAGAUGCCACCUUGAGAGUUUUUGCCUUUCUCAGUUAAAACCACAUGAAUCAGAAGAGCACUGACAGAACAUCUGUACAGGCCACCUCAUUACUAAGAUAAUGUAGAAAUAUUAGAGGCAGUUAUAGAAAACUAUGUUUGUAAAUAAUUUAUUACUCAUGCCUGUACAAAAUACUGUAUUUAAUUUUUUUUGCAUUAUUACCUGUGCAGAGCCAAAUGGGAAUGCUUUGUCAGGUAACAUCAGGGUAACUGCACAAAGGGUGGUUUUCCCUUC